UCUCCGUCUGGACCUCUAUUCCUGCUCCAGUCACCCAAUCAUGGAGCUCGCGGCGAGGUGUGCGCUCCUGCUCUCCAGCUUCUCCCUGCUCGCAGCGCUCGAUCUGGACUCGAUUGAGCCCGGCUACUAUGUGGAGACCAGCAGCGUAUCAGACCCGAUCGACUAUAAAGAUCCCUGCAAAGCUGUGGCUUAUCUUGGAGACAUUGCUCUGGAUGAGGAAGAUAUGCGCAUGUUUACAGUCGACCGCAUUGUGAAUUUAGCCGAGAGAACGGUCACAAUUCUCAACCACACCAACACGGGUUUACUGUCGAAUGAGACGAGUGUAAACACUACAGCGUCCAGCCGGGGGUCCCGCAGGAGGAGGGCGGCGACGUCCAGACCUGAGAGAGUGUGGCCUGAGGGCGUCAUUCCUUAUGUUAUCAGCGGGAACUUCAGCGGUAGCCAGAGAGCCAUAUUCAGACAGGCCAUGAGACACUGGGAGAAACACACAUGCGUGACGUUCAUCGAGAGAACAACAGAGGAAAGCUACAUCGUCUUCACCUACCGGCCGUGUGGGUGCUGUUCCUAUGUGGGCCGCAGAGGAGGGGGUCCACAGGCCAUAUCCAUCGGGAAAAACUGCGAUAAGUUUGGAAUUGUGGUGCAUGAGCUCGGACACGUGAUCGGAUUCUGGCAUGAGCACACGCGACCCGACAGAGACGAACACGUCAGUAUCAUACGAGACAACAUUCAACCAGGACAGGAGUACAACUUCCUGAAGAUGGAGCCCGGAGAGGUGGACUCACUAGGAGAGGUUUAUGACUUCGACAGCAUCAUGCACUACGCAAGAAACACCUUCUCCAGAGGGAUAUUUCUGGACACUAUUCUGCCACGAUAUGAUGUGAACGGCGUCCGGCCUCCUAUUGGUCAGAGGACCAGAUUGAGUAAAGGAGACAUCGCACAGGCACGCAAACUUUACAAGUGUCAAAGAUGCGGAGACAGUUUGCAAGAGAGCAGCGGGAACUUCUCGUCUCCUGGUUAUCCGAAUGGUUAUUCAGCAUAUAUGCACUGCAUUUGGAGGAUUUCUGUCACACCAGGAGAAAAGAUCAUCCUGAACUUUACAUCUAUGGAUUUAUACCGGAGUCAUUUAUGUUGGUAUGAUCACGUGGAAAUCCGAGAUGGAUAUUGGAGGAAAGCACCGUUAAAAGGUCGAUUCUGUGGGGAUAAAUUACCUGACCCAAUCAUCUCGACAGACAGUCGGCUGUGGAUUGAGUUCCGCAGCAGCAGCAACUGGGUGGGAAAAGGCUUCUCUGCUGUUUAUGAAGCUAUUUGUGGUGGGGAAGUGAAGAAAGACAAUGGUCAAAUUCAGUCUCCAAACUACCCAGACGACUACAGACCGAACAAAGUGUGUGUGUGGAAGAUCACCGUUGCCCAGGGUUACCACGUAGGCCUCACCUUCCAGUCUUUUGAGAUCGAGAGGCAUGAUAACUGCGCGUACGACUACCUGGAGGUUCGAGACGGGAACUCUGAAAGCAGCCCGCUUUUGGGCAGGUUCUGCGGUUAUGACAAACCCGAUGAUAUUAAGUCCAGUUCCAACCAGCUCUGGAUGAAAUUUGUGUCCGAUGGUUCUGUUAAUAAGGCUGGAUUUGCUGCUAAUUUCUUCAAAGAAAUGGACGAGUGUUCCAGACCCGAUAACGGUCGCUGUGAGCAACGCUGUGUCAACACUCUUGGUAGUUACAAAUGCGCCUGUGAUCCCGGUUACGAACUGGCGGCGGACAAACGGAGCUGUGAAGCUGCCUGCGGUGGUUUCAUCACCAAGCUGAACGGGUCCAUCACCAGUCCAGGCUGGCCCAAAGAGUACCCACCCAACAAGAACUGCAUCUGGCAGCUGGUGGCGCCGACGCAGUACCGCAUCACGCUGCUUUUCGACGUCUUUGAGACAGAGGGCAACGAUGUGUGCAAGUAUGAUUUCGUGGAGGUGAGAAGCGGUCUCUCUGCGGACUCCAGACUGCAUGGCAAAUUCUGCGGCGCCGAGAAACCCGAGGCCAUCACUUCACAAUACAACAACAUGCGCAUCGAGUUCAAGUCCGACAACACCGUGUCCAAGAAGGGAUUUAAGGCCCAGUUCUUCUCAGAUAAAGACGAGUGCUCGAAGGAGAACGGCGGAUGUCAGCAUGAGUGUGUGAACACCUUCGGCAGCUACAGCUGUCAGUGCAGAAGUGGCUUCGUCCUGCAUGAGAACAAACACGACUGCAAAGAAGCCGGCUGUGAUCAUGUUGUGAACAGUGUGAGUGGGACCAUCACCAGCCCCAACUGGCCAGAUAAAUACCCCAGUAAGAAGGCCUGCACCUGGGCUCUCUCCACCACGCCAGGACACCGCAUCAAAAUAGCUUUUAAUGAAAUCGACAUGGAGCCUCAUCUGGAAUGUGCUUACGACCACAUCGAGAUUUAUGACGGUCGGGAUAGUAAAGCACAGAGUCUCGGACGCUACUGCGGCACCAAGAAACCUCAACCCAUCAUAUCCACCGGGAACAAGAUGUUCAUCCGCUUCUUCUCGGAUAACUCGGUGCAGAAGAAAGGCUUCGAGGCUUCCCAUACUGCAGAGUGCGGAGGGCGUCUGAAAGCGGAGGUGAAGACUAAAGACCUCUACUCUCAUGCCCAGUUUGGUGAUAAUAACUACCCCGGGGCAUCAGACUGUCAGUGGGUGAUCACAGCAGAGAAGGGCUAUGGCGUGGAGCUCAUCUUCCAGACCUUCGAAAUCGAGGAGGAGGCCGACUGUGGCUAUGAUUACAUGGAGCUCUUCGACGGAGCCGACACCAAAUCACCCAGACUCGGACGCUACUGCGGAUCAGGGCCUCCAGAGGAGAUUUACUCAGCCGGCGACUCCAUCGUCAUCAAAUUCCACUCCGACGACACCAUCAACAAGAAGGGCUUCCACGUGCGCUACACCAGCACCAAGUUUCAGGACACACUCCACUCCCGUAAGAAGUGACCCCUAGUGGCCGGGAGGGGCCGUGCAGGGCCUAGGGGGAAGCGAAAGGGCCCCAGGGGGAGGUCCUCGCCCGUCGCUCGGAGCCCCCCGGCCGCCAGAAACACCCAGACUCGACGGACCAGCCGCAAGAACGCCAACCGCACCUCAGUAGUUCACAGGGGCUCUGGCAUCCCCUACUGACUGUGAGGAGUAAAGCCAUUCCGCAGUAGACCUUGUUUUUACCUUCCUUUUUUUUAAUGAUUACGUUCCGGGCAAGAUGCGGAUUAGGGGAGGGGGGUGGAAAGUAUUCAGUCGCUGGAUACCAAUAUAGGGGUGAAAUCAAAAGGGAUUGUGGGAGGGUGGGAAGGGUGGGCAUAGCUGAUCUGGUUACUAGAAUCCCACUUGUCGCCUUUUCAUGAGCCGAGAGUGCAUACACUAAGGAACUCCCGCAGGAGAACCAAGCGGUCAACCAAACUCAAAUAGUAGGAAGUGAGAAAGGGGCAUUCGGGGCGCAAGUUUCCAACGUUGAAUGGAGAGAUUUACUGCAGCGCUGUGGGGAAACAACCGUCUCCUCUUGACUUUAUUGGCAUUGCUUGUUCAUGAUGGCCACCAUGGGGUCAGUUCCUUUGUCGUCACUUGAGCAAAUGACACUGUAUGUCAAAGAGAUGCAUGUGGUACAGCUUGAAGGAAAUGUGGACGUGAUGGUGGCACCAGCAUUUGUAAUGAAACCUCGCUUUUUUCCUGGCCAGUAGUCCAGAAGGUUCCCUGCCCCCCAGAAAUGAUCAAUCUCCAGGAGGUUUUCCAGAAACAGCUAUCAUAUUAAAAGACUUAUAAACAAAAUCUGGCCCAUGUCUGAUGGAUGUUAAUUGCUUCUGCUUUAAAAACUAAAAUUACAGAUUGGUAUGUUGUCUAUACUUCUUUUUUAAAGGUCUUGAUAAUGUGCUUGCCUUCUUUGUCACAAAUUUGGCACAACCACAUGAGAAUCGAUUGCUGUUCUUUUGUCCUGAAGUCCCAAUUCUGUUUUCUAGUUCCUAGCUUUCUUUUAACCUCUUUUAUUGUACGAUUUCUAGUUGUUUUGCAAAACAGUAUGAAACCGGAGUCUUAAGACCUCAGUCAGGGUAGAUUCCUAAAAAGGUGAAAUUACCUUUAGACUCUUUAGAGGUGCUUUGACCAUAAAAUGAAGAGUCGGUCAUGGUUUACCUCCCCUCAUGUCAUUCCAGACUUACUUACCUAGGCAAAACACAAAAGAAGCUAUUUUGUCCUUGUAAUCAAAGUCAAGAGGGGUCCGAAAUGGAACUAUGGACCAUUGACUUUCAUUGUGUGGGCAAAAGCAAAUCUCUGGAAGUAUUUUUCACAGAAGGAAUGAAGGAAAGAAAGCCAGGAUUUUUAGGUGAAUACCAAUUUUAGUAAAACUUUUGUAAUUGUAUUCUUUAGGCAUGAGGCGAUAACCGGUUUCAAGGUAUACCGCGGUUUGGAAAAGUCAAGGUUUUAAAAAAGCCAAAAUUUUCUGGAAUACCGUUCCUGAGGUAUGAGUACAAAUUUUAUUUACUUUUAUUUUUUGUUUUUUAGGAUAACAGUAUCUCCAGCAGAAAAAAUAUCCAAAGAUGCCGUUAAAUUGUUAAGAAAUCUGUGUUUUAGGAACAAAUGAAGACAUCAGAUGUCAAUGAUUCAUUUGAGUUAUGUAGCCUGAUAUGUUUACUGCUCCAAAAUAUCAUAAAUCUUUCAAGAAAUAGAAGAUAUUGUGUUCAAAGGAGAAAAAGUUUUAGUUUUUUACCCAGACAUUUAAAAAGAAUAUAUUUUAGAGCAGUAAGCUCAAUAUCGUGAUACCGUGAUAGUUUUAUCCAAAGUUAUCAUACUGUCAGAAUCUUAUACCGGCCCAUGCCUAGUAUACUGUUUAUUCACUGAAUAGUGUUAUAGCCCCUGUAGUGGCGGUAAAAUGAAUAUCAGAAUGAAAAAUGAUAGAGAUGAACCAAAAUAUAAUAUUCAAACUAAAUAUUUUAAAAAACAGCAACACUUGAAGGGGUGUUCAUAAGGGGGUCAUGACAUGAUGAAGAUGAAUGAGAUUUUAUGCAUGCUUAUGACAACUGUGUUGUUCGCUCAUUUUGGAUGUCUUUGUCAUGACAGCUGAAGAUAACCAAGACAACACAACCUGUCAUAAAUCUGGCAUAAACAUGAUCAUCAUCAGGCCAUUAUAAAUGUGUCAUGAAUAUUUUUCUGAGAUUACAACUGAAUUUAGAAAUAGAUUUGAAACAAAUUUUUGCGCUUAACAAACGAAAUUAAUUAUGUAUAGGCUACAUAAUUGUCUGUGCGUACAACACGUUUCUCUAUCCACGAGACCGAAAGUGAAAGUAAAUAAUGAGCAGGCUCAUCUCUCAUUCUCGUGCAGUAGAUGCUCUGUUUAACUGUUUUCUCGCUAGUGAAGCGCUCAGUUUUACGCAACUGAUUCUUAAAGGGAAUGGGAGAUGAGACUCUGAUUGGUUUAUUCUCAAAACACACCCAUAACUCAUUAAGAGAAUAAGCUCAACCCUGUUUGACCAUGCGCCACGGUGCAAAGCGGAUUUUUCCGUCCUUAAAAUAGCAAAAGUGGAUUCUGACAUGCCCUUAAUGCGUUUGCGCCCUGCGCUUUGGUCAUCAAAAUAGAGCCCUGUAUCUUUAUGCACCAUCAAAUGUGGUUAGAAUGGAAGUCAAUGGGUCUAAAAACAGCCACCAACAAUAAAUUAGGCAGAUAAAAUGAAAAUCUAACAAAGCGUCAAAGCCAAUGAUGUUACUAAUCAUGUCCAAGACUGUGAUAAAAGGGAAAAAUCCAGUCCACAGCUACUUUUUAUAUUGAAAAUGUGGCAUUUUGUGUGUUUUUUCACCAAAUCAGUGACAUCAUUUGUGAACAAGGCAAUUCAAGAGUUAAAAUCCUGUCAUUUUUAUAAACAUUUAGUAGUUUUGAUCACGACUGAGAUUGAUAAUCGAAAACAUAUUUAACUGAAGCAGUUUUACAGCAGUUUAAUUCAGUGGGCUAAAAAAAGGCUAGUCAAUUUGAACAGUGCACAAGGGCUAAGUACUUUUACUACCUUCAUGUCAUUCACAAUUGAGAAUAGUUCGUUCAUAUAAUGGAACUUGGUUUGCUCCAAAACAUCGCUUUGGUCCCUGUCGGAUCAUAGUAUGGACAAAAACCAACCUCUAACACAAUUUGCCUUUCAUUUUUCAUGGAAGUAAGAAUGGAUAGAAUGACAUCAUGGUGUGUACACAACUUUUCAAUAAGCAAGGCCGUCAGCUUAUCACAUUAAAUAUGGCGUCAACUCUGACUGAGGUCCAUUUCUUUCUCCACCUACCAUGAUUUUCAGCUAACGCUAGAAGGGAUUGCUCUUUUUACUAGUCUCCAGAAGCCCCAUUGCUAGAUAGAUGUUGUGUUAAUACUGUUGGCGAGGGGAAAAAACACCAAUACUGUACCUCAGCGUGUGGUAGAGUGGUGGGAUGGUGCUAUUUCAACUGCGUCCAGGUGUCAGCAGGGAGAAAAACAGUGUUAGAUGUGGGAUAGUGCCGAGUAUUGAGCUCUCCAGGGCCGAUUAUUGGAUCCGAAGUGUUUCCAGGAUCAUCUUCGUGAAGUUGGCAUCUCUUCUAGACUUUUCGUCCUCCUAUAUCAUUUCACAGCCGUUUGCCUUCGUGGGUUUACCUAAAAGCUCUUACAAAUCUCAGGUUCAGCAUAUCUGAUUGUCAUUUCCCCCCUCCGAAUCCUUUAAAGGCGGCAGAUUUGAAGGCUCGGGAUGCUGUUUGACUUGGUUGCGUGAACAUACGAUGUUUUAUUUGAUUUGCUGUGAUGCCUUCUUCCGUCUUUGAAUCGGUUGACCUCAAGCCACGAGCGCUGUGACCAAACGACUUGCUCAACGUAUGGUCAGCAGUUAGCGCUAACUUAUAUAUCCUAGUUCUUCAAAUCAACUCUUUUAUGUGUUUGUUUGUCCGUCUAUAUUCAGUUUAGCAUAUUUGAACAACUGAACUUGGACAUUUCGCUAGUCGGAGCACAUCCCAUUGAUGAUUUUAAUGCCAGUGUGUGUUUCUUCCUGUUAGAAAAAUGCUGUUUUGUAGGCAAAACAACAAGACAAAAGAGAAGUUACCUCAGCAUAAUAGUGUAUGCUUGAUCUAUUCACCCUGACCGGCCUUCCCACACAAGACUUGGUAUACAUGUUUAUGCAUUUUAUCAUAUGUAUGUAUGUAAAUAUGUAUUCAUCUAGACCAUAGACAUCUUGACGAGAACUAAUGUGUAACUCCAGGCAAAAAAAAAGAUGCAAUUUAUUUAUAUUGUAUAGUUAAUUUUCACCUAUGUACUGCACAUAGUGUUAACAAGUUGAUCGAAUGUUAUAUUUUUCCUUUUGAAAUGCUUCAUGUCACAUUUUGUCUUGUAGUCUCAGGAAUUAUGGACUGACCGUUUAAUUGAAUAAAAGCCCAAAUAUAUCAAUUCAAGUCCAGUAGUUAGCACGAUAUGUACGAAAGCUAAUUAAACUCACCUUUAAAUGCU